CGGGAGGGACUCCGUAUGAGGAACUUGGCGCCGGAGCGAGGGGAGCCUGGGAGCCGAGCGAGGGGUUUGGGAGAGGCCGAAGGGAAGCCCUUCCCUCAGCUGGGGCAAAAGGAGCCGGGCAUUUAUUUGGGGUCGGGGGGGGGUGUUGUAGGUGCGCGCGCUCCAGGUUGGGCCGGUACCCGGAACCAGCAGAAGAGGCUACAGAAAGAACUGUUGGCUUUACAGAAUGACCCACCGCCAGGAAUGACUUUGAAUGAAAAGAGUGUCCAGAAUUCAAUUACACAAUGGAUUGUAGACAUGGAAGGUGCUCCUGGAACAUUAUAUGAAGGGGAGAAAUUUCAGCUGCUAUUUAAAUUCAGUAGUCGGUAUCCAUUUGACUCUCCUCAGGUCAUGUUUACUGGUGAAAAUAUUCCCAUUCAUCCUCAUGUUUAUAGCAAUGGUCAUAUCUGUUUAUCUAUUCUAACAGAAGACUGGUCUCCAGCUCUUUCAGUGCAAUCAGUUUGUCUUAGCAUUAUUAGCAUGCUUUCCAGCUGCAAAGAAAAGAGACGACCACCUGAUAAUUCAUUUUAUGUAAGAACAUGUAACAAGAAUCCAAAGAAAACAAAAUGGUGGUAUCAUGAUGACACUUGUUGAUGCCACCAUUUUGUGAUACUCCUAACAGAAGAUAGUCCUACUGAGAAAAUGAGCACUUUGAUCAUUCAGUCUUUGAACUUUUAACCUCUGACUGGAAGUGACAAAUAGGCAAUGAAGACUACUUCCCUUGACUGCAUUUUUACUGGUGUGCAUUCUGGGCGCAUGUUGAUCGCUGGUUCAGUCCAUGCUACUGACGUGCUUUUCUUAGUCAUACAGUAUUAAUGCAGGUGUUAGAAAAUGUCAGAAUUCAAUCUUUAAAUUUUUUGGGAGAAUUCCAGGUCUUCAUGUAUUGUGCAAUAAUAAGAAUUUCUUGACGGUUUUUGGUGUACCCAUUGCCGGCAAAAGAUUGUAUCAGGAAACUUAUACCCCUGCCACAAGAAAAGUUAGAUGCAUGAUAGGGCCUAUAAAAAGUUUGUAAGUAUAUUGGUAUUAUAAAGUAACCUAUCUUUACUUUGAAAGCCACCUAAUUGUUUAGAUUUGGAUUCUGUGCACUGUGAUCAUAAAACUAGCAGCGUGAGUUGAAACAUGCUUAGCUAAAGAACUAAUAAGAUCAUUGCAUAUUUACUGAACUCUCAAUGUUUUCACAAUGAAUUCCUCCCCCCCCCCAAGUUAUAUCAGCAGAGAGGUACGUACUAUGUUAUAGCCCUAUGGUAAAAUGGAUACCUUUUGUGUGUGUAUUAUAUUUCUGAAACAAAGGUAUGAAUAAAAUAGAGUAGGGGUGAUUUAAUCAAGGCAAACUUUGUUCUGAAAAUGGGAACAGACGGCAGUGACAAAACUGAAUUUGCUGCAGUCCAUGAUUGGGCUUGUUAAUAUGUACACUAGAGCUGUUUUCCAAGUAGAUUGCACACUGUUAUUUCAUACUAGCCUUCAGCAUGAGCCCUGUUGCCUACACAAUAUUUCAUGUAUUUAUACGUUUGAAUUUUUUUGUUUGAGUUCACUGUUUCUUUUGUUGUGUUGUAUGUCAUAUUUGAAUGUUACAAAACAAUAUUUUCACUGAAAAGCUGUCAGAAGAUAUUUUCUUGUAAAUUAUUUCUUUACCUUGUAAACAUUUAUCUUGUCUUCUAAUCCUGUACUAUAAAGGAAGAAAUACAUUUUGGACAGAGACGAA